AUGGAUCAUGUAUUACUUACAAAAAUACCUUCCGCACAUAAUAACGACCAUAUGAUACCGGUGAGCGUUGUUGCACCUGAAUCUGUCUCUUCAGUUGAUCAGAAUGGUCAUUCAUCAUCCCUAUCCUCACAAAAUAUUCCUGUUGGAGAGAAUUCAUUUCCGUAUAUAAAUUCUCAUGCUGCAAUUAUGAAUGAUGAUCAAAAUGUUGACAGUAAUUAUCUUUCAAAUCCAGAAUUUCGUUUAAAUUCAUUACUUCCUACUUCGCCGUUAAAUGUCACCAGAGAUUCACAUUGUGAUGAUAAUGGUGAUGCACAAAAUCGAAUAUCCAGUUUUGAACUAAUCAGUCGUCUCAUCGAUGCUGAAGGUUUAAUUGAACUGGGUUACAUCCCAUCAAGUUAUAAUAAUAUUAGUUCAACUGCAGCAAUCGAUGUAGCCAGUUUGUCUGAUCUUGAAGAAGUGACUUCAAAAACAUUAUGGUCUUCAAAUGGCGAUGGUGACGAGGUGAAUUCUUUCAACUUGGAUGAAUUGAGUAGUAAGAUCAAUGAAAGCGACAUUGACAAUAAUGAUAAUAAGCUCAAGAGUGUUGAUGAUAGCAAAUCUUUGGGACAUCCACCAGUUCAAACAACUGAAUAUGCGUCCAUAGAUUCCAGUCCAUUGAGGAAUACGAAUGUUUUGAUGCCAACUAUGUCGUUAUCUUCUAAUUCAAAUCUACAAUCUGUACCGCCACUUGUAUCAAGUAAUCAAUAUGAGCACUUUCAACCACAUUUCGAAACGAAUACACCUCUAGACACGCAUCAACCUCAAUCUUCUUCAUUCGUGCCGGAAGAUCUUCUUCAAUCUGAUAUUACUGCUUAUUCAAUGGAAUUAAUUGGAACGCCUGUUGUUUUUUCAGUAUCACAACCGUCCAUUCAUCAAUCCCCUUCUAACAACCACGGCACACUUCAGUCAACAGCAAAAUCUAAUCAACAUAUACCCUACCCAUACACAUCAUAUAUACCGUCUAGUGAACAGUCGUGUAAUGAAACUCUUCUUGAAAAUCACUUUCUACUUGAUAAUAAUCGAGUUGACCCGGUUGAUAAUAAUAGCUGUGAUCAACAACACUUGAUAAUUGAUCCUUUCAUCAUAAGAAGUAAAUAUCCAGAUUAUCAAGAAUAUGCAAGCACUCCUGCCUCACGUCAUCCAACAGUUCAAUCGCUAGACUCAUUCAAAUCACAAUCAGCAUAUUCUACGAAACAUAUUCAAAAGUCAUCGAAAGCUCCAUCGAACAGUAUGAAAUCGGUUAGAUAUGUUACUGAAUCUUUACAGAAAGUCGGUGGUGAUAGCAAUUCUACUAUUCUUUAUCCGAAUAAUUCUGUAACUCCAUCCUUCAUUUCUCAAGCUACAUAUAGCAGUCGACCACAGUCUUUUGUAUCUUGUCCAAGUGUACAACAGCAGCAUAUAAGCAGUAUUCAGUCUAUUACUCCUAUGUGUACACAACUCCAUGUAAAUAUACCUCCCCAAUCUGUUUAUUCUAUGUUCACUUGUUCACCAGACCAAAAGAUUAUAUCUUCCAGUACUAAUAAUUUACCGUCUAAUGAUCUCAGUUCAGUUGCUAUGAUAUUCAACGGAGAUUUCCGAUCUCAACCAACUAUCCUAGACCAUCCUGAUCAUCAGCAUCAUGAGUUGUUAUGGUCUCGUUCUUCAGCGCAUAAUGGUGGUUGCACAGUUAGUAAUCAAAUGGCGACAAAAUGGGAAGACUCAACAACACUUUCAAAUUAUCCACCUAAUUCACAGAUAUCUAGUCUUAUUCCGCCUGGUGUUCCCGUCUCUAAUAAAGCCACAAUGUAUGUUAAAGAUACAAAUAAUUUAACAACUUUACAACCAGUCUUUGAGGGUGGAUUAGUAGGCAGCUUUCAGUGUUUAAGGCCAACUGCAGUACUCACAAAACCCUCCAACUCCACUAUUUCAAGUGAUAACCAAACAACUUUAAAUCAGUCUCACGAAGAAACAAUAAUGCAGCCGUGUAUCUCUCAGGUAAAUAAUUCUGUAAAAACCACUCAAGGCCUUAAGAUUCCAUUAUGUCAAGCUUCUAUUCCAUAUGCCCUAACCACAGCCCUUUCUAUCUCUGGUAGUUCUGAGUACUUAUACCGUAGUGCUAGUCGGUUGAAGGCUAACACACAACGUUUCCUCGUUGAAUCCCCAAGAAGCAACACAGCCCUAACACCUCGUUCAUCAUCAUCACAGCCACUUAAUUCUUCUGUGCGCUGUGUAACAUUCUUCCCCCUUUCAAUCCGUUGGUCAAAAUUCUAUGAGUUUACGGAAACAGGUGUUCAACGAUCUAAAUAUCCUGUUGUCUCUCAACUAUCAGCAGAAAACAAAAGUGUUGUCCCACCAGUUUUGUGUAUAUCGAAUUCACACAAUAUACUAACAAACCAACAAGGAUUAUCCAAUAGUAACAUUGUUUUCAGAAUGGACUCUUCAAAGCCCACUGUUAUUGACAGUGUUAAUUUACAGACGACUCAGACUUCUAGCGUACAAUCAUCAGAAUUACGUCAGAUGCAAUCGGCUAUCACUCCAUCUUUGACUAAGAGUAAUUUAACCCAACUGACUGGCAGUUUUCAUACUGAUCUGAAUGAUUCAUCAAAUCAGCCACCAGAUGAGGAUAAAUCAAAUUCACUAAUAUCUCCUGCAUUGUCACUCAGCUGUACAUCACCACUACCAUCGUCUGUGUGUAUACUGAGACCGUCAGGACGUUCGACUAGUACAAGCAGUGGAAGUAGUUGUAGUAGUUCGAAGAGUGCUUCUUCUUCGUCUUCUACUACUACCACUACUAAUACCAAUACUGGACAGUAUAUUUGUUCAAUAUGCUCAGAUCGUGCUAGUGGUAAACACUAUGGUGUUUUCUCGUGUGAAGGAUGUAAGGGAUUCUUUAAACGUACUGUACGUAAAGAACUCAUAUAUAUUUGCCGAGAUAAUCAAGAAUGCCAAAUUGAUAAACGUCUGCGUAAUCGUUGUCAGUAUUGUCGUUACCAGAAAUGCCUACGAGUUGGAAUGCGACGAGAAGCUGUUCAAGAAGAACGUCAACAACAACAACUUCAGUCUGGAGUUCAAAGAGACUUUUGUUCUAAAUCAACAGAGAAAUCUACACAAUCAUCGAUAAGUGCUUUCAAUUUGAUCACCAAUGAUUCAUGUGUAUCCAAAGAAUCUUCUCUGGUUGACUGUUCCACUGGUGGUGGUGGAAUAACCUAUGCGAAUAUCGACACAUUUACGAAAUUGCCAGUGCCUAUUACACCACCGGAUGCUUUAGAAUUUAUCAGGACUGCGGACAAUGAAAGUCAUACAGAGACUGCUACUGUUUCUCAAGAUAAUGAUGAUUUGAAACAGUUUGAAACCCUCCUUAAAAAGUGUACGACUGAUCAUUUACCUUUAGUCGAUUUGGUUAUCUGGUCAUCAAAACUUCCAUAUAUCUGUCAACUAUCCUAUGAUGUUCAUUUAGAUCUACUCAAAUCAGCUUGCAUACAAUUGAUCAUUGUCAACUUGGUGCAACGGUUAGCAAAUGAUAAUCAAUCCUUUUCAUCAGAUUCCAUGUGUAACACUUCAACAACUGCUACGACCGUCUCUGCUGAAACUAAUACGACUACUACUACCACUAGUAGUAUUGCAAAUACUGUUUCUUCAAUUCCUUUGAGCAGUAAAUCUAAUCAACAAGAUAUUGAUUAUUCAAACUUCCCAGAGUUUCAUUUACUGAAUAACUUGACAAGACCCAUGGAUGAUAACUUAACUUCUUCAAAUUUUUCAGAUCAACAUACUGGAAUUCAAAAAUUUACUACAACCAAUGUACAGAAGUUAAUUAUUAGCUUAGCUGACAAACUGAAGCCAUUACGCUUGGAUCCUGUGGAAUUAGGAUGUUUAAAAUUAAUACUCCUACUUAAUCCAGAUUCGCUGACUUGUCUCAAUAAUAUUCGUUCACAGAUUGAAUUAUUACGGGAUCAUGUCUAUUCUGGCCUAGAAUAUUAUUGUAAUCAAGUUUGGCCGAAUGCACCACACGGACGUAUGGGACGUCUGUUAUUGAAAUUAUCGAGUUUUCAAUCACUUGCCGUACGCAUUGAAAAGUUGACGUGUUGUAGUGAAUUAAGACAUCUCUUGUCUACUUUAGAAUCUAUAUCCUCUUGCCUGUUUAUAAAGCAGAAGAAAGUAGACUCUUCAAAUCCCUCUGAACCCCUUCCUUCCAUCUCCACUUCUACUACUACUAAUGAUAAUAAUGAUGAUAGCAGUAAUAAUAUACAUCAAGCAUCUCAGGGGGAUUGA